AUGAAAUUCAUUAAAUACAUCACACUAGCUGCAUGCAUUCCUUAUGUCCUUGGAGGAAGUGGGGCCUUGGGAGGGUUUGAUUCCGAUUCUAGCUCCCAAAAGAAUUCCAACUCUGUUAGCACAGUCGUGAAUUUGGUUCAGACCAGCAACGUAGAGAGCCGUUCUGAAAUUGAAUCUCAGACUUCCACAACUUCCAUGACUUCCACACCUACUACUACCCUAGCGACAUCUGGGUCCUCAACAAAUGCCGGGGGCCCAAUUACGGUAAUUACCACCCAGAAUUCUGCCGGCGAAACGUAUGUGUCGACUGUUUGGUGGACCACUAGUGUAACCAAAUGGUGGACUCCUGCGAGUGAAUUGACCCUUUCUACGAGUUCGAGUGCGGCUUCGAGCGCGACCUCCGGAUCGCAAAGUUCCUCAGCCUCGGGGUCGACGAAAAAAACCUCUAGCACGUCUUCCACGGUGUCCGCGAGCUCUGCUAGCAUCAGUAACUCCACCAACGCCGCAGGAGGUCCAGGAGCUGGCUGUAUGGCGGGAUUGGGAGCUGGGGCCUGGGCUCUAGCUUUAGGAGCCAUGGUGCUCUAA